CUAUGAUGGGUGUAGUGAGUCGCCGGUUAGUUCCUUUCUUGUGAGCUAACUUUUGGAGAAGCAUGUCAUUCCAAGGAGAGGAUACUCGACCGCCACCUGAAUAUGCUGGCAGGCAGUCCAAUGAGCGAGAACGUGAAGAGCCAGCACCAAGAGACAUACCUGAGCGUGGUGAUGACGACAGAGCUGGAUUUGAUGGGCCUCCCGGCACAGAAGUUGAGAGCAUUAUUGAGAGCAACUGGGACGAGGUGGUCGACAAUUUUGAUGAUAUGAAAUUGAUGCAGAACCUCCUUCGUGGAAUUUAUGCCUAUGGCUUUGAGAAACCGUCGGCUAUCCAGCAGAGAGCUAUUAUGCCUUGCAUCAAGGGCUUUGACGUCAUUGCCCAGGCACAAUCUGGAACCGGGAAAACUGCAACGUUCUCCAUAGCAAUUCUUCAGCAAGUUGACAUUUCAGUACGGGAAUGCCAGGCUCUCAUACUGGCACCAACUAGGGAAUUGGCUCAGCAGAUCCAAAAGGUCGUUAUUGCACUGGGUGAUUAUAUGAGUGCUCAGUGCAUGGCCUGCAUUGGUGGCACUAAUGUGCGUGAGGACAUGCGCAAGCUUGAACUAGGCGUACAUGUCAUUGUGGGAACACCAGGACGUGUCUAUGAUAUGAUUAACCGAAGAUCUUUGCGUGUCGACAAGAUCAAGAUGUUUGUAUUAGAUGAAGCUGAUGAGAUGUUGUCCAGAGGAUUCAAGGAUCAAAUCUACGAUGUGUUUAGAUACCUGCCUUCGACAAUACAGGUAAUCCUAUUGUCAGCUACUAUGCCAGCUGAUGUGUUGGAGGUGACCAAGCGUUUUAUGCGAGAUCCCAUCCGUAUUUUGGUGAGAAAGGAGGAGCUGACCCUUGAGGGUAUCAAGCAGUUCUACAUCGCUGUAGAACGAGAGGAGUGGAAGCUGGACACACUCUGUGAUCUGUACGAGACACUCACAAUCACACAAGCUGUCAUUUUCUGCAACACUAGGCGAAAGGUCGACUGGCUAACAGAGAAGAUGCACAGUCGUGACUUUACCGUCUCGGCAAUGCAUGGUGACAUGGACCAGAAAGAACGUGAUGUCAUCAUGAGAGAGUUCCGUACUGGCUCCAGUCGUGUUCUUAUCACUACUGAUCUGCUGGCUAGAGGAAUUGAUGUUCAGCAUGUUUCACUCGUAAUUAACUUUGACCUCCCAACAAACCGAGAGAAUUACAUCCACAGGAUUGGCCGUGGCGGUCGUUUCGGCCGUAAAGGUGUGGCCAUUAACUUCAUGACCGAGGAUGACAAACGCACGCUUCGUGAUAUCGAACAGUUCUAUAAUACUACGAUCGAGGAGAUGCCGAUGAAUGUUGCCGAUCUCAUCUAACCGUGCCGCAGAACAUUUGAAAAUAUUUACUCCUUGAACGCACCGACAUAAAGAAUUGACGAAGAAAACCACCUAGAGUGAAACUGAACGAAUUCUGAUUCUGGAAAGGCUUAUUUAUUGAGCAGAUUGUGUGCAGUAGGCACAAAAGUGGUAUUUAAGUACCACCUGGCACUGUUGUGCUUUGUAAAACAAUUGAGCACAAUAAGCUGUAUCGUCUUGUGCAUAUUGUGAAUUGAGGUGGAAUGAUAUUUUACCCUUGGGCUUGAGUUCUGUUGUACAUUCUUGAUGAACAAUCCAAUUCUGAGUUAAUAUUAAAUACGUUUGGAUUGUUCAGAGCUGUUGUGUGGUUGCACGUACUGGGUCCUAAAAUCCAGCCGUUUUCGUCUUGCUGUAGCUGCAGCAUAUUAAUCUCUAGGUGUUUAGUAGAAGCCGCAAAAGCUCACGGCUUUCGGUAAACCUACGGUGCUGGCUUCGGUCGUGGGGGGUAACUUGAAGCAAUUUCAAGCAAGUGUACAUGCGUGCUGGUAGUUUGCAUGAUUUGCUCUGUACAGAAUCUUUGAGAAAUGUGUUCCCAGUAUUUGAGCUAAAAUCCGAAAGGAUAUUAUAGAAGCCAAUAAUAUAUAGUUGGUUUUUGUUUGCACUGUGUGUGUCAUUUUCUUGCACUGCACUCGGAAUUAGCCAUGCUGAUUUCAUUUUCAUCCAUCAUGUUGUGAAAUAGGAUCGCCAGAAAUUUGUGAUGUCUAAGUAGCAUGCACGCUAAGGUUGUGGUCAGUAUGUCAUAAGUGUAGUGUGACAUGUCCACUCAUUCUGUUCUUAUCUGCUUGAAGUUACCCCCCACAGAAGUCAUGCAGGGAAAUCUAGUUAAUAUGAAAUUAGUCAAUCAAGUUCCCAAUGCUUGCUCCUUGUGACUAUUUGUUGAUAUGAUUUCAUUUGUAUUAACUGAAUAUAUAUAUAUAUUCUAGAUUUAUUAAAAUAUCAAUGUGAGAAAAGUAAACUGUUUGUUCGUUUACAUAUUACUAUUCUGUGGCAUCAUCAUUUGAGCCUGAAAUGUAUUAUUAGGCCUUCGUUUGACACCUCAUGGAAGCAAGUUUAAAUCUGGUUAUAAGUUAAAUACAUUAUCCUGAUUAUAAUUCACCAAUGUUCAACCUAAAAUUCUUGCACAUUAGUUUGUAAUAAGUUUUUGAAAAGUGGAAUUUUUCGAAACAGACAAAUUCUGCCAAUAGAUGGCUAUGCGAAUAGUAUGUUCAUGUGAAGGACGAUGUCCUUAGCAAAUUGCAUGCAGUACACUCAGGAUACCAUGAUCUCAACCGUAGAUUGAGCCCAUGAGCGAGAGCGCCAUCUGUCGUGGAGUUUGUGUCCUUAGAUGAGCUAUAGAUAGAUGAAUUUCGUACAAAUAGUGUUUCAUUCGAAGCAGUACCUUCCCAAAAGCACGUCAGUGUUUCCCUGUGUCAUUGGUGGUCGUCAACGGGAAGAAGAGAAAUUCAUGCCUGGGUGUGGUGACAGCUGUGUUGAUAGUUGGCACCCCAAUAAGGUG